AUGGCAUCAAUAGAGAACCUAAAGUCUUUUGAUCCGUUCGCCGAUACAGGCGAUGAUGAUACACAGCCCACUAACUACAUUCAUAUCCGUAUCCAACAGAGAAAUGGUAGAAAGACAUUAACCACCGUUCAGGGCUUACCAGAAGAAUAUGACCUAAAGAAGAUCCUCAAGGUUUUGAAGAAAGAUUUUGCUUGUAAUGGGAAUAUUGUAAAAGAUGAUGAACUUGGUCAGGUCAUCCAGCUGCAAGGAGAUCAGAGAGUGAAAGUCAUGGAGUUUUUGACCUCUCAGCUAGCUCUUCAAAAGAAGAACAUCAAAAUUCAUGGAUUCUGA